GCUCAUUCGCGUCAUUCGCCAGGGCUCAACAGCCAAAGUGUCCGUACGGUUCAAUUCACGGUACAAAGUACAGAUGAACAUGACGCGCCUCUUUCCAUCUCGCACAACGGCCGCCCCGAUCGGAAGGGUACUAACGUCGUCCAGUUUGAGUAAAAUGCUUACGGCAGCAACCUACACCACCGGUAACCCGCCAGGCGGUCCCGUAGCUACCCUGCAACGCCAACCGGUUCCAAAGCUUCCGGACACGAUGCAGAAACUGUUGAAGUCUAUCGAACCGCACGUCGAUUCGGAGGUGCUAGCCGGGACGAAACGUGCGGUGGACAAGUUUGCCUCCUCCGAUGGCGUUGGCCAAAAGCUUCAGAACCUUCUUCGGGAACGUGCCUCUAAAAUGGACAGCUGGCUGGCCGAUUGGUGGUUGCAGAGCGCCUACAUGGAGUACCGCGAUCCGGUCAUCGUUUACUCCAGCCCUGGGCUGGUGUUCCCUCGCGCCAACUACCGCACGCUGGACGAGCAGCUGGCGUACGCGGCCAAAAUGGUGUCCGUCGCCCUAGCCUACAAAGCGCUCAUCGAUGGUGGGAAGAUACGGCAAGAAACGAUGGGCAAAGUACCGCUCGAUAUGUCGCAGUACGAAAAAAUCUUCGGCACCUGCCGUAUUCCUGGGCGCGGCCGUGACUCGUUGCAAUACAACCCACGUUCGCAGCAUAUUGUCGUUGCGUGUGCCAACCGGUACUACCGAUUGGAUGUGAUCGAUGCCACCGGAGCGAUCGCAAGUGAAGGACAAAUAUUGGCGCAACUUAAACGAAUUGCCGCUGGUGCCGAUGGAUCGCCAGCUCCACCGAUUGGCAUCCUUACCGCUAAUCAACGGGACAGUUGGGCCGAAGCGUACGAAACACUGGUGGCCGAUCCGAACAAUCGUCGUUCGGUCACUGCCAUUCAGCAGUCACUGUUUGUGCUUUCGAUCGAUCGAGAAAUUGCUCACGCGCCCGGAAGUGAUCAUAUCACUACGGCCAGCGAUCUUCUCAUCCACGGUGGUGGUUCGACCGUUAACGGCGGCAACAGGUGGUACGAUAAAACGAUCCAGCUGGUGGUGGCCCCGAACGGAAUUAAUGGACUCACGUACGAGCAUUCGCCGGCCGAAGGGCAACCGAUUGCUGUGAUGACGGACUUUUUGCUCGAACACCUUAAAGGAACAGGAAAACCGACGGGCGCCAAUGUAACCGACAAAAUGAGGGUGGAAGCAGUCGAGUUACCAUUCAACGUGCAGCCCCCGGUAACAGCUGCCAUCGAGCAGGCCGCCGGGUUCGUGGACAAACUGGCUGCCGAUAUUCAGAUGCACUAUCUGCACUUUACCGACUAUGGGAAAGGGUUCAUCAAAACGCAGCGCAUGAGCCCCGAUAGUUACAUUCAGAUGGCAAUCCAGUUCGCCUUCUAUCGCCUUCACCGAGUGCCAGGAGCACACUACGAAUCGGCCCAGAAUCGUAUGUAUCUCCACGGACGCACCGAAACGAUCCGCUCGUGUUCCAUCGAAUCGAUCGCUUUCGCCCGGGCCAUGCUCGAUCCGCAGUGUGACGGCCCCUCGAAGUUGGCAGCAAUGAAGAGUGCCAUUGAGGCGCACAAAUCCUACGUCUCGAUGGCCAUUCAGGGGCAAGGCGUUGAUCGCCAUUUGCUGGGGCUAAAGUUAACGGCCAAAGAGAACGGAUUGCCGCUGCCGGAACUUUACACCGAUCGGGGAUUGCAAGCGAGCGCACACAUGCGACUGUCGACCAGCCAGGUUGCCUCGCGAUAUGACGCCUUCAUGUGCUACGGACCCCUAACGGCGGACGGAUACGGUUGUUGCUACAAUCCUAAGGAAGACGACAUGUGGUUCGGACUGUCAGCGUUCCGCUCGAACGCCGACACGGAUGUGGAACGAUUCCGUGUUAGCCUCCAGGAAGCGCUACGCGAGAUGUACGAAGUGUUGGUGCUGCACGGCGAGAAACCCAAGGGCAAACUUUAAAAUGUGUGUCACAAAUGGGACGUUUGUUUUGUUAUCGAGUCCGUUGAGUUUAUGUUUGCCUACUGUCUUCUGAGACUGUUUUUACUUUUACACAUGUUAACAAAGUUUGAAUCAAGUAAUAA